AUGGAUACGAUGAUAAGCGUGUGGACGAUGGUUGAGCACGUAAGGGUGGCCAGUGGGGCUGCUGAGCUCGCCAUCUUUACCGCUAUACUCUACUGGUUCUUCACGUCCAGUCGCGUAGCCGACAUGUUGGAGGUGGUCGGCGAACGCGUUGGAGGGUGGUGCGGUCGAGAUACCAGCAGCUCACUACGACAGGCCGUGCGCGCACGCAAACGUCAACAGCAUGACGUCUACGCGAAGCUAGACGCAGAUAUUGCUACUCGAACCACAUCGCUGUACAGAGUGAAAGAAGGGCCAAUCGUACCCCCCCCUCAGCCACAGACAAGACCUCCUGCGGGGCUAGCGUGUGCUAGGUGUGCUCCAUUGUCCAGGGAGUCGUGGCAGGAUGGAAAAUCGACAGACACAGGUUCAGUGAUCAACAUUUUGGAUAUCGGACGGCAAAACUUUGCCAACGGUGGCGUAGUUUCCAGAUAUUUGUGCGAUUUAGCCCAGUGUUGUAACCUUAACUUGUACGACUAUAAGGAUGUUGUACCAAAUGUGGUAAAAGAUGAUAGUGUCCAACAAUCGAUAGAAGAAGCUACUCAGGAAGAAUUGCGGCAGGCUAGGGAGAGUGACCAAAAAGGAGCAGAUUAUACAACUGUCAGACGAAAAAUAGAAGCGCGGGCGCUCAAGGUCAUUCAGGAUAUCAGUUCGGCGAUGUCAAAUAAUGUGCUCAAAUUUGUUUCAUGGGUGUGCCAUAAGGCAAUCCGUCGUGUAGCAGGCGGUGGUUGUGCUACGCGGGCCGCCAGCGUAGACCGUUUGCGUCGCGCCAACGCCGCAGGACUGCCACUAGUAUUCGUACCACUUCACCGAUCUCACUUCGACUACAUAUUAGUGUCGUUCACACUUUAUCUGACGGGUCUGAGGCCGCCGCUUGUUGCUGCCGGUGAUAACAUGAGAAUACCUUUCUUUGGUUGGUUCUUACGUGGCUGCGGUGCCUUUUACAUACGCCGACGAGUGGAAGGAUCAGAUUAUCAGAGCGACCCUGUAUACAAAUCAGCACUCAGAUCAUACAUCUUAAACAGUUUAUCAGCUCGCAAUAAUCUAGAGUUCUUCAUCGAAGGCGGACGCACGAGAACUGGCAAACCUCAAACACCCAAAGCUGGAAUUCUCUCAGUAAUCAUGGAUGCGUACCUAGACGGUAAAAUUGAUGAUGCUCUACUGGUACCCGUAACCCUCAAUUACGACAAACUGGUGGACGGCAACUUCGUCCGCGAACAGCUCGGCAUGCCCAAGCAGAUGGAGACUUUCUGGUCAGCGCUGCGUGGUAUUUGGCGGACUUUGAACACUAACCAUGGCAGUAUUAGGGUGGAUUUCAAUCAGCCUAUUUCUCUAAAGGAAUUGGUGAUGUCCUUCCAGAAAUAUAAUCACUUCAAAGCACCUAUAGAAACACCUCUAUCUCCUCCAAACAACAAUUUAUCCGUUAAUCUCGAUAGGCAAAUAUUAUACAAUCACAGUCACUCAAGUUUGUACGGAGCGGACGUCAGCACAGAACAUAAAAUGAUGGUUGAGGCGAUCGGCAGACAUGUCGUGUAUGACGCGGCGGUGGCGACGGCGCUGAUGUGCACGAACGUGACGUCGUACGUGCUGCUGACGGAGCUGCGGCGCGGCGCGGGGGCGGCGCAGCUGGGCGCCGCGCUGGCCGCGCGCCAGGCCGCGCUGCUGCGCGACGGCCGCGACCUCGGCUACACCGGCGACGCGCACCACGCGCUCAAGGCUGCGCUCGACACUCUGGGCAGGGGUUUGGUACGUCGUGAGCGCGCCUCUAUAGUCCGUCCCGUGGCGUCUAUCGCGGCUUUGCUGGAGCUGUCGUACUACGCCAACGCCGUCGUAGCGCACUACGCCGCUCCUGCCAUAAUCGCGACAGCCUUAGAAUCCAUCAUAGCAUCGUCUCCUGGUCCGGUGACGGAGGUGUCUCAGAGCCAGCUGGUGAGCUCGGCGCUGUCGCUGUGCGAGGUGCUUAGCCACGAGUUCAUCCUGUGCUCACCUUGCGUUCGCAUUGAGGAGAAGAUGCUCGACGCCAUCGACUCGCUCGUCGGCUCUGAAGUCCUCACUCCUAUUAAGGAUGUCCUGGGUUUGGAAGAAGAGCAAUGGUCACGUCGGUUUGCUAAGCACCUGGAAGAUGGUGAUGAGUGUACGGAGAGGCCCGAUCCUGCUCAACGCCUCAAGUAUACCAUACUAGACACACCGCAAGCUUUAGCUGAGAGGCGGCGCCUGGUGCUGACGGUGCGGCCGCUGCUGGAGGCGUACGCGCGCACGUGUCGGCGGCUGCGCGCCGGGACCGUCAAGGGGCUCGUCAAGGACACGCUCGACGCGCUCACCGACGACUUCGUGCACAACCGCAUGAUCUACGGAGAAGCAGUUUCGACAGACGCAAUACGCAACUGCCUGCGACUCCUGCGCCAGUGGAACGUCAUAGAGCUGUACACGGAGAACCGCGAGCGGAAGCUCAGGAUAUGCACGGCCUACGAAGACCCGCAGGAGCUCCACGACAUCUGCACCAACAUAUACAAGUUCAACAUGAACACGCCCCUAUUGUCCAAGUGA